AUGGUUCAAAACGAUGCAAUAUCCCCCACAGAAAUACCUCAACGAGAUCCAAAUGCCCUCAGGCAUCAUAAUGAAUUAGUGGUUAAUGGAAUUAAUGGGGAUUAUUUUCAAGGAGAUUUGGAAUUGGCUGAUUGGCAGGCAGAAAAGAUUCAAAAAUAUUUUGAAGAUCAAUUAAUGUUUUCUCGUGAUGAAAAUAAAAGAAUUAAAAGAAAAGUUGGAAAACGUUGGGACAAGACAAGGCCAAUAAGUUAUGAUUUUGCUGAUAAUGUGCCUGAACAGUCAAGACAAAAAAUACGUCAAGCAUUGGCCAUCUGGGAAAGCGAAACUUGUCUUUCUUUUGUGGAAAAUGGUCCAGAUGUUGAUCGUUUAGAGUUUUUUGAUGGGGGAGGAUGUUCUUCAUUUGUAGGGAAAACGGGAGGAACUCAGGGAAUUUCAAUUUCAACCCCUGGCUGUGAUUUUAUUGGAAUUAUUGCGCACGAAAUUGGGCACGCUUUGGGUACAUUUCACGAACAGGCUAGGCCUGAUCAAUCUAGGCACAUUGCUAUUCAUUACAAGUAUUUUUUCCCACUAAUGAAUUAA